ACUCAUUUUGCACCUCAGACGUUGUGAGCCGGUGGGCUUAGAGAACAGUUCCACUUCCGGUGCUGCCGGAAGCAAUUUCGCGAUGGCCUCGUCUGCGGACGAGCCUGCCAAAGUGGCUGGAAAGGGGGACUCUCGCCCGCAGAAGCAGAAGCGCGAGGAGCAAGAUGAGGCAGAACUCCUCACGGUCCCUGACGGCUGGAAGGAACCAGCUUUCUCCAAAGAGGACAACCCCAGAGGACUCUUGGAGGAAAGCAGCUUUGCAACCUUGUUCCCGAAAUACAGAGAGGCUUACCUGAAGGAGUGCUGGCCUUUGGUGCAGAAGGCCUUGAAUGAACAUCAUGUUAAAGCAACACUGGACUUGAUUGAGGGUAGCAUGACUGUGUGUACGACCAAGAAGACUUUUGACCCUUACAUCAUCAUCAGGGCCAGAGACCUAAUAAAACUCUUGGCCAGGAGUGUUUCAUUUGAACAGGCAGUACGGAUACUUCAGGAUGAUGUUGCAUGUGACAUCAUUAAAAUCGGUUCCCUAGUGAGAAAUAAAGAGAGAUUUGUUAAAAGAAGACAGCGGCUUAUCGGUCCCAAAGGAUCUACAUUGAAGGCAUUGGAACUCCUAACAAACUGUUACGUCAUGGUUCAGGGGAAUACAGUUUCAGCCAUUGGGCCUUUCAGUGGCUUGAAGGAGGUUCGAAAAGUAGUCCUUGAUACCAUGAAGAACAUCCAUCCAAUUUAUAACAUUAAAACCUUGAUGAUUAAACGAGAGUUGGCAAAAGAUUCUGAGUUGCGAUCACAGAGUUGGGAAAGAUUUUUGCCGCAGUUUAAGCACAAAAAUGUGAAUAAACGCAAGGAACCAAAGAAGAAGAAUGUUAAGAAGGAGUACACGCCAUUCCCUCCUCCACAGCCAGAAAGUCAGAUUGACAAGGAGUUGGCUAGUGGUGAAUACUUUCUGAAGGCCAAUCAGAAGAAGCGGCAGAAAAUGGAAGCGAUCAAGGCCAAGCAAGCAGAAGCUCUUACGAAGAGGCAAGAAGAAAGAAACAAGGCAUUCAUUCCACCUAAAGAAAAGCCAGCCGUGAAGCCAAAGCCAGCAUCUACUGAAACGAAGAUUGAUGUGGCAGCUAUCAAGGAAAAGGUUAAGAAAGCAAAGACCAAGAAACUGGGUGCUCUUACAGCAGAGGAGGUUAAGCUUAAGAUGGAGGCCAACGAAAAGAAACAGAAGAGAAAAAAGUAACAUUGGGAAACAUCUGGAACUGAACUUUGAAGGUGUUUCCUUUUGUGAAGGAUUUUGAGAUGGCUUUAUAUAUAGCUGCCUCACCUGGAAGUCGUCAUGCUCAGAAGCUCAUGGCCAAAUCCUUUGUAAAUAUGUUUGUAUGUUUGUACGUACUCUCAAGUUCAAGUGAGAUGGUGGUAGAUACCUUCGUGUACAUUACACAUCAUUUUAGGAAUACCUCUUUUAUAAUUUUGGGAAGAGAUUGAUUAUUCAUCAAAUCCACUGAUGUCAUUGGUUCGUCUUUAUAAACAUACCCAAAGCGUUUGGUUUUGAGGGAAAUAAUGCAAAUUUUCCAGUACGAAUGGCAACUAUUUAUGUAAAUUUUUUCCAGGAUAAAACAACCCACAAACAGAAAAAUCAAGACUCUAAAUCAAAUUAAGGAAAUGGUACCGAGCCGGGCAUUGGUGGCGCACGCCUUUAAUCCCAGCACUUGGGAGGCAGAGGCAGGCGGAUCUCUGUGAGUUCGAGGCCAGCCUGGUCUACAAGAGCUAGUUCCAGGACAGCCUCCAAAGCCACAGAGAAACCCUGUCUCGAAAAACCAAAAAAAAAAAAAAAAAAAAAAAACGGAAAUGGUACCAGGAAAAUGUCUAUAGGUGUCUAACCUGCAGUGCCCACUGAGGCCAGAAGAGGGCAUUGGAUCCCCUGGAACUGGCGUUACAGGUGGUUGUGAGAUAUCAUGUGGGUGCUGGGACUCAAACUCUGAGCCAAGAGGGCAAAUAGGACUAUGUAGAGUUAUCAGAGAUGUAUUUUGCAGAUCUGGACCCUAGGGGGUAUUUUUCUUGCUUGAAAGCCUAUCUGUGGCAACCUAGACAGUCCUUAUCCAUAACGUAGAAGGAAGAGUUUACUCUCUGUAGAUUUAGAGAACUAAGCAUUUCUAAGGCUUCAUUGAAACAUUUUUCUCAAACAUUUUACAAUAGCCACUUAUUCAUAAGUUGCACCUCCCCCCUCCCCAACGAUGGCAUUAGUCCAAAAGAACUAAAUUAGGGUAUUUGUGCUUUACCAAAAUGGUAACUAUAACAGACAGUAUCAGAAGGACUGCCUUAACAAUGAGAAAGAGAGAUGUGUAUCUGUUACGUAGAUAGGUGGGUCUUCCUGGAUAGUCACCAGAGUAGUAACCUGUGAAACAAACAGAGUGCUCUUAGAGUUUCUCAGGAUGUGCUGACCCAGGCCCCAACCCCAGUCCACACAGGGUCCAGUCAAACGGUUUAGGUUUGCAUACAUACGUGAGACACGAUCUCUUUGUGGGUUAACUGUAAAACCAAAAGUAAAAGAUUAUUUUUAAUUAUAUCCUUAUAACCAUGAACUUGACUUGGCUUUAUUUAAUACCGUGAUUGUAGAGGUUUAAAAGAAAAUGGCCCCAAAGGGAGUGGCAUGGUUAAGGAGUGGGCUUUGAGGUCUCCUGUGCUGAAGCUAUUCUCAGUGUCAGAGACCAUUUCCUGUGGCCUUCUGAUCAAGAUGUGGCCAGCACCAUGUCUGCUGCGUGCCACCAUGCUAAUAGAAGACUACUGAAUCUCUGAAACUGUAAGUGAGCGGCCCCAGGUAAAUGCUUUUCUUAUAGAGUUGCCAUGAUCAUGGUGUCUUCACAACAGUAGAAACCCUAACUAAGACAUUAGUUUUCAAAGGUCAAUCAAGUUUUUUGCUAUUAACUGUCAACUUAGUUUUCCAGUCUUUAUAUAAACUUAAUAUGUGAAUUUUUGUACUCUACCAGUUAAUGGAUGAAUCUUCUGUUGAGCUAUGGUUGAAACUGAAGGUUAAAAUAUAAUGAUUUGGUUUGUUUUUUUUUUGAAGAUUUUAUUUAUUUACUAUGAAUACAACAUCUUGCUUCAUGUGUGUCUGCACACCAGAAGAGGGCACCAGAUCUCACUAUGGAUGGUUGUGAGCCACCAUGUGGUUGCUGAGAAUUGAACUCAGGAACUCUGGAAGAGCAGUCAGUGCUCUUAACCUCUGAGCCAUCUCUCCAGCCCUAAUGAUUUGUUUUAAACAACACAAAGUAUUUCCUAAGCUCCUCCCCUAAGAAGAAAGGAAGAUACUGGUUAUGAUAUGAACAAGAAGGCAGCAGUCUCCCGUCUAGUGUGGUGGGUCAUCUGACUUCUCAAAAGCCCUAAUUAUGUACACCUCUGUCUCCAAGCCACAGAUUUUGAUACUCAGCACUGGGGAAGAAAAGUGCCCCAACUGCAUAUACAUGACCACUACUGAAUGCCUGUGAGGGAGUCAGCGGGGACUCGUGAUCAUCUCUAGUCAGCAAACCCAAACUGUCUCGACAGUUAUGCCCAUGAAUUUGCAGCAUGCUUUUUCUAGUUUUUCUCCUGUGUGCAUCUGCAGUCAAUCUACAUUCAGCUACAGAAACCAAUGGACAUCCACGUACUAGCUAAAGCCACCUUAUGUGCCAUGGGUAUGUCCAGGCGUCUGCGCAGUAGUUUAUCAUUCACUGUGCACACAGCAUUAGGCAAAACAGUAGACGAUGGUGGAAUCUUACUUCGUUAGCUAAUACUAUACUUUGUCAGUUGGGUUCAGUUAAAUAAAAGCUUUGAUCUUACAAUCCUCAACCUUACAAUAAAAGGUAGGAUGGUCUUUUUUUCAUGUGGAAACACUAUUAUUCAGCAUUGGUACAGGAGAAGUGGAAUGCUUUCUAGCAGGCCAACGUUUAUAUUUUAAAAAGUGUAUAAGUUGAGCUUUGUACAUAGAAAAAAGUUAGUAGUCAUCUAAAGUAAAUGAUCUUGUAUGUA